CGUAACCCUGACUACGACAGCUUCCACGACCCGGCUCCGGGGAUAUGGCCGGGAGUGGGCGGCUGGCGCUGGGGACGCUGCCAUUGUCCGGCUGGGUGCGGGGCUCGGGCCCGGCCGUACUGAGCCGCCUUCGGGACGCAGCCGUCGUGCGGCCAGGUUUCCUAAGCGCGGCCGAGGAGGAGACGCUGAGCCGCGAGCUGGAGCCCGAGCUGCGCCGCCGCCGCUACGAAUACGAUCACUGGGACGCGGCCAUCCACGGUUUCCGAGAGACAGAAAAGUCACGCUGGUCAGAGGCAAGCCGGGCCAUCCUGCAGCGCGUGCAAGCAGCCGCCUUUAGCCCUGGCCAGACCCUGCUGUCCCCUGUGCAUGUGCUGGACCUGGAACCUCGGGGCUACAUCAAGCCGCACGUGGACAGCAUCAAGUUCUGUGGAGCCACCAUCGCUGGUCUGUCCCUACUAUCUCCCAGCGUCAUGCGGCUGGUGCACACCCAGGAGCCAGGGGAGUGGCUGGAACUCUUGCUGGAGCCAGGCUCCCUCUACAUCCUUAGGGGCUCAGCCCGUUAUGACUUCUCCCAUGAGAUUCUUCGGGAUGAAGAGUCCUUUUUUGGGGAGCGUAGGGUUCCCCGGGGCCGACGCAUCUCUGUGAUCUGCCGCUCCCUCCCUGAGGGGAUGGGACCAGGGGAGCGGGGACAGCCACCCCCAGCCUGCUGAACCCCAUGCCCUUCCCCCAGCUUCUCAGAGACACCAUGUUUGUGAAUAAAGUUGGAGAGUGGACAAACUGGCCUUCCUGCACUGG